AUGAGCCUUUACGUGCGAUAUGUGUCAGGAGAGCACGAUAUAGAGCACUUCCGAUCAAAACAACCAAAGACAAAGGCAAAUGGCAUUCAACUACCGUUCUUCACUGACGAUUUUGAAGGCACAACUUCAUCCAAAUGUGACCAAGAUAGACUGUUGUUAAAUUGGUUAAAAACUUUACAUGGGGCUGCAAUAUUUGUAGGCCAUGAUGCAACUAUGUUUCGUCACGUUAUUUCAAUAGUGUACCAAAGAGCAAACAAAAGCAAGCUAUGUACUCAAACCAUCACCAAGUUUGGCCCAACUUUGUACCCCGACUUGGUAUUGGAUUCCAGCUCUAGGUUUUGGCCCAGUUGCGAAAACCUUUUGCCACAGCAUCAAAAAUCUCAUGUACGCAAAGCACUAGCCAUUCUGAACUUGAAAAAUUCAAACAGGACAUUAAAUCAUCACGUUAUACUGGAUGUGUCUUUAUGGGACGAGACAAAUGCCGGUGCUCUAGCGAGUUCGAUGUCAUUGUUGCAAAAUUGUUCUCCAGAUGAUUUGGGAAGGAAACUUCUUGACCUAGGAUUGGUUCAAAAUCAAAACGUGUGCGCGUUUACCGUUGAUGUGAUAUAUGAUAAUGAAUCCUCCAAAGAGGAAAUAGUGGAAGAGAAUAACCAAUUGGUGUCCUUGUUGGGUGAACAAUUGGACCAAAUAUUUGACCCUCUUUUGGAAUAUGCACCAGAGGAAAUGAGGAUAUGUUACAAACCAUCUUUGGACAGAAAACCGGUCCAUUUUCAAAGUUCAAAGAUUCAUUCCAUCGUGGAGGAACUCAUAAAUGUGCAAACAAACUAUACUGCGGGACUAGUAAAUUUAUUACAAACGUUUAUAAUACCAUUAAGAACGAGUGUGAUGGAGCGAGACAGAACUGAUCAGUCCAGUGCUAUACAAAAGAUUAACCAAACUUUCCCUCCAACAAUCGAUGAAAUAGCCAGGGUCAACUGUUUACUCAAUGAUGCGUUGUUAAAAGCUCGCAGAUUGGACGAUAUCGAAGUCAUAAUUGCAAUGGGAACGAUUUUGCCAUAUUUUUACAAACCAUUCAUACGACACGAGGCUAAUGUCAAGCAUUUCAACGAGAAUUUGACAAAAUUUGCUCAAAAGCAUGCACAAGGCAUCUUUGAAAACUUAAAGAUAAACCCAUCGCAAUAUACAGUGCGAGAAAUUGAUUCAGUUGUUACCGGAGUAUUAUUGGAACUACCCAAAUUCAAGCUUUUGUUACAAAGGCUACAUGCGGCAAUAGAGGCUGAAGAAGCUAUUGCCAGGAAUUUUGAUAAUGGUGAAAGAGACGAUGUUUUUCUUUUGAUUGAUCGCCAUUACAAAUCAGCCAUCGACGUUAUCUAUGCAUUUUCUGGAGCCGAUGAGCAAAAAAUUGAAACAAAGAAACGUGUAUUUACCCCAACUGGUAGGAUGUUGACCAAAUUGGCUGGGAACUGGCCACCUGAGCUACAGCUUGAUUGGAAUACAAGAAAAGUUGUAGGCAUUUUUGAAUUGCAAAAUGUCGCUCCAAGGAAAAAUGCGACUGGGUUGGAAGUUUUGGUGGUUUUUUCAGACCAUUUGUUGUUCUUCGAAGUUGAGGAUGGCUUCAAAGAUGACUGCGAAGAACAGGCUAAAGUGUUGUCAGUUGCCGAUGCUUUGAUGCAUUCCUUAAUAAACGAGAAGCCGAUGCCAAAAUUGGAUGCUUUCCCCAAAAUGGAGGUGUCUGCUUGGUGUCGUAUUGAUGAGGCGUUGGUUACCAAGUACUUGACUUUAAAUGAGGUAAAUUCAGCAGUAGAAUGUGUCCGCUUCCUUUCGCUAAACCCCCGUGGGUUCCAAUCAUCCAACAGCAAGCCGAGAGUGUUUUCUGGCAGCUAUAAAGUCAUUGGAGAGCGUGCGACGGCUGCGGAUAUAAUUAUUGCAAUUGAAAAGUCGAAAAUUCUUGACAAAUCGUCGUCAUUUCAUUUAUUCAGAUCAUUGAACAAUGCCUUAAACAUCAAUUACGUUGCUCAAUCUACAUCCGAUUACGAUUCGGAGGCACUCAAACUGCCAUUUGCCUUGGUCUUGAAUUUAGACGUUGACGUGCCAUCAUAUUUUGAUCACAAUCCUCAGUUACUUUUGUUGCUACAUGCGUCGAUAGUGAGCGAACAUGCUAUCAGAAUCACUGGAUUUGAUAAGUGCGCUAGGAAGCAGAUCAAUGAGGUUGUUGAGAGUGCUCACUUUGCAAGCUUUAUUGAACAGUUGGUUGGAAAGUCGUUCUGCAACUUAUUCUCAACAUACAACACAGUGACACAGAACCUUAUUGAAGGAAAUUCAGUACAUUUGGAAUACUUGGUUGAAAAUCUAUUCAGUGAUUUUGAUAAAAGAGGGGAGCGUGAUUGGAAAACUUCUGACACAACAAGAAUUGUGAAAUCACUGGUAAACUCACCAUCCAAUUCCAAAAAAUCACCCACAAAAUCUAACUCCUCAAGAAGUUCAAUAUUCACUAAAAUUCACUUGAAAAAGUCGAAAAGACCGAUUGUUCAUACACCUGAAUUGAAACCAAAGACAACGAGGAAAUUGUCAAACACGUUUAUCCCUCAAGGUACCAAACUUGAAUACAAGGAGAUUUACAAGCCAAUUCCAACACUUCUGCACAGACGGCCCUCAUCGACAAGUACCGUUAUUGAGAAUAAAUCAGAUGAGAUAUCAGGCAAUUUAGCACCCGCACCAGCACUUGCAUCAGUACCGGAACAUACCAAUGCCAACAAUCGUUGUGUAUCAGAACCUUCUAUUGAAAUCUUGCCAAAUUUCAAGUUUCCUGAUCCAAACAACAUGGACGAGAUCGAAACUAACGCCAUGGCCUCAUCCAGUAUUCACGAUUUUAGCACUAUUAGACGACUCUCAACCAUGGAUGAUAUUUCAGUGGUUUUGAAAUUGUCUCAAGAACCUUCUUUUGGCGAUUACCUUGAUGAAGAUUCUGAUCAAACACCAAACUGGGAAUUUUUCAAUGCAAGAGACGAAGCUGAGUUGUUGGUUAAGGAAUCGCUGGAGAUAUGGGCUACGGGUCAUGCUGGUGUUAGAGAUGAGAUUGCAGAGGAAGAAGAUGAAGAUGUGCAAGAGCCCGAUCGUCAUAACCCUGGUGCCAGUAGCGGUGACGAGGCUCUAAAACGAAACAGAGGAGCUGCACGGACAAGUAAGCAAGAACCGGACUCUACUAUUCCUAUGUUUACCGCAAACUCGACUAGUCCGCGCAAACCAUCAAACGAGUCACUGAUAUUCUCUCAUGCUGGGGGGACACCCAUUUCUCCGCAUACUUUUGCAACUCCACAAAUAUCAAGCAAUCAAGAUGGUGUGUUCACGACUAGACUUGACUGCAAUCAGGGACACCAGACACCCAAGGGCAAGCUUGCUUCACACUUCCCAAGAGAUGAGUCAGUCAAGUCCAUCACUGCUCGGGAAUACGCAAUUGAAUUUAGUCAAUUAAUAGAUGCUGAGUUCAGUAAACCACCAUUGGAUGCAGCGAUUGGAUCGUAUUACUCGAGUGCGAUGAGGAAAACAGCACCUUCUAGUCCACUGACUGCUACAUUGACUCCAUUCCGUACUAAUGCUAGUGUAGAUACACUAGUGAGUAACUCGUCUGGUAAUAUGGAAGGACUCGAGGUGGGAGCUGAAUUAAAUUUUGCAGGCGAUGAGGUAGUUGUUAGUAGAGCUCCACUACUAUUGCACAAGGAGUUAAAGAAUACGCAGGACACAUUGAUUGCAAAAUACGAGCCUAAAAGUAUACAACUGAGUGAAACUACAACGAAACCAUUGAGUGAGUAUAUGAGAGAUGAUUCGAUUGCACAGCUUACCAAUCUACUUCAAAAUUCAAUUCGAUUCAGUGAUUUUGAAGUUGACAAGUUUUGUUAA